UAGUAACUGUGAAGGUUUGGGACGAUACGGUCGAUUCGUAUCGCAACUCAGUUAAACAUCAAUUUGAUUAGAACGAAACUUUCAUACCUUUCAUCACGCAAUUACGCAACACACAACGAUCAAAUUAUAAUCACGAUUCUAUCGAACCGACAUCGCGUUCACAAUAAAGAAAGAAAUUGCGAAGAAAACAUCAGAUUGACACUUUGUGCUUUACAUUUUCUAUAUUUCUGAGGGAAGUGCGUUGAAUGUACAGUGUUUUGCAAAUCGCAAAUAAAAACGGUGCAAUGUCUCUCAAUCGACACGUGAAACAUUGUCGCAAAUGUAUCUUAUCAACUAGAUUUUUUUUAAUGCUAUCUGGGAUGCAGAUUUAACUAAACUGUCCCGGUUUGACUCGGUAUAGAGACUUUUUUUAAUCUCGACAGAAAAGGUCUUUUUAAGAAAAUUCACAACUCUGAAAAUUUAUGGAUAGUGCAACCGGUAAAGAAGCUAGUGAGAACAUAACAUGUGUCACAGAUAAGCUUUUACGUACUAUAAACAACAUAAAGAAGGUCAAGAUGUCAAUGCAGAAUCAGUGGAAACUUUUAUCGCAAUUGAGGGAUUACCUGAACAAGGCCAAUUAUGAUAAAAACCAACAAAUCAAUUUUUCCAAGGAUUGGUUAGAUACUUUACAGAAACUAACCUAUUCGCAACUUGAUACCAUACGAAAAUUAUCAUCGUCUGAUUCGAUUAAAUCCACUGAAACAAACCAGAGCUUCUCGGAUGCAGGGCAAAAGAAUAAUAAUCCGGAGAAUACAAGAGUAACGUUUGUGUCUAACCGACCAGAAUCCUAUGUAGACAGUUCCACAGCUGUGCAACCAAAAGUUCAAGAGCAAAUUCACGAACAAGACAAAUCUAUUAAUAAGGUGGAAUUGAGAGACAGCUUUACCAUACCACAAAUUUUCUCUGCAUUGCUUCUCAAAUUAUCCACCAAAAAUAAACAAAGUGUUGUUGUGCCAAAGUGGAAGGUGAAUGUUCGCAGCAAUAUACCGAAGCACAGCAUCGCGUCUCGCACACAUCAUGUCUUAAACAGCAUCCUGUCGGCUGAGUCGAACGUGUCCAAGUUGCGACGAAUCGAUGACCUGUUAUUGCAUAUCGAUCAAUACCCAGAAACCAGACAUUAUGCGAUCAAGGAGGGUGCGAUUAAAGUUUUGCUACGGACACGUCAAAAUACAAAGGACGAGCAGAUUAAAGCAUCCAUCAGAGAAGCAUUGGCUGUGAUGGGUUACGUCGAUCCUCUGCCCAAUCGAGGUAUUAGAAUCCUAUCGAUCGAUGGCGGUGGUAUUCGUGGAGUACUAGUGAUAGAGAUGCUGAAGAAGCUGGAGGAACUCACGGGAAAGAAGACAUAUGAGAUGUUUGACUACAUAUGCGGCGUAAGCACGGGAGCUAUUCUUGCUGCUGUAUUAGUAUUACCAAAGGAUGUUGUUGAAGGAGGACACAAGAGAAAGUCAUUGGAAGAAGUUUUGGAAUUAUACAAAGAUUUAAGCACUAAGGUGUUCACGCAGAGUGCUAUAAAAGGUACGAGUAGCUUAGUCUGGAGCCAUGCGUAUUACGACACUGCGCUAUGGGAACAAUUAUUGGUGGAGCAUUUAGGUGAUAAAGUUCUUAUCAAAACCAUGCGCGAUCCGAAUGCGCCGAAGUUUUCAGCUAUAUCCGCUGUAGUAAAUCAUGAGCGUGUUAUGGCUUACGUUUUUAGAAAUUACACAUUACCCCAUAGAGUGGAAAGUCAAUAUAUGGGAUCCCAUAAACAUAAAUUAUGGGAAGCUGUAAGAGCAUCAGCUGCUGCACCGAGUUAUUUUGAAGAAUUCAAAUACGGUGAAUGUCUUCACCAAGACGGUGGAAUUCUAGUGAACAAUCCAUGCGCUGUGGCGAUUCACGAGGCCAAACAAUUGUGGCCGAAUAGUUCGAUUCAAUGUGUUGUUUCGUUUGGAACAGGUCGAAUUCCACACCGUAUUUGCGAGAACGAGUCAAUAUCCUCGCAACUGGCGAUUUCCAGCUGGAGAGAAAAAUUCUACAAAAUCUUGGAUAGCGCUACUGAUACGGAGGCCGUACAUACGAUGUUGAAUGAUCUGCUACCCGAUCACGUCUACUUCAGAUUUAACCCUUAUUUGACGGAAAUGUUAUCAAUGGUAGAAAUACGACCUGAAAAAAUCAAUCUAAUGGAACAAGAUGCGAAAAUGUACAUUCGGCGAAAUGAAGACAAAUUCCAAAAGGCUGCUACAACUUUACUCGAAAAACGGCAAAAUCGACAAAAAAUUGCCGAUUGGAUUACGUUACAAAAACAGUUAUUUGGUUUAUAAGAAGCAAUUAUUUGGUUUAUAAGAAGCAAGUCUUACGCAUUAAUUGCACAUUUCCUAACGUAAUUUAUUUGCAAAUUACAUAGAUAUCCGCAAUAUAACUUUUUCACUUUAGUGUCCUAGCCAGAAAGAUCCAAAUCUCUUUACGCUUUUAAUAAUAUUUAUGUAGAUUUGUUAUACUCUUUAAAAGUAAUUUAUGUAAUUUUCCUUUGUUGCCUCAGUAAAUAAUAUAUUUACUAAUGAGAGAAAAAUAUAGCAAGAUUUCUAUAUUUUGAUCCACACACACAAAUAGAAACAUAUAAUUGUUAGUAUAGUUAUUUAACUAUAUAUAAAUAAUAUAGUUAUUUAAUUGUGAUACAACCUUCUUGACGCAUGAGUUUAUUUAAAUUAAUUGAUAUAAUUCUGUAUU